AUGAAAAAGAUUAGCGAUAUUUAUGAAGAAGGAAAACGGUUACAAGAUUUAAAUGAUAAGAGUGGACUAGAAAAAUUCUUUAAUAAAUAUUUAAAGACAUCAGCAGAUUCAAGAGUAUGGAAUUUGUAUGUUAAUUACGUUAAGAAUGAUAAAAAGAUUCAUUUAGCUCAAGUUUAUCAAUUUAUAGUCAACUAUUUAGAGCAUUCUUAUGAAUCAUUUGAAUUUGUAAAAGAGUGUAUUAAAGAACUUAACAAAACAUCCCUUGAAGAGGGUAAAAUUGAUAAAAUUAGAAGAAUUUAUACUAAGUUUGUUAAAGUCCCACACAACAAACUUAGUGAGUUGUUUAGAGAGUAUGAACAAUGGGAAAUAUCUGUUAAUAAAAUUAAUGCUAAAUCAAUGAUUGAAGAGGUUCAACCUUAUUAUAUUAACGCUAUGACUGUCUAUCAAAAGAUAAGUCAGUCACUUAAGAGUAAGAAUUUUUAUAAGUUAAUUGAUAUCGAAGUGUCAAAUCCUUUAAAAUUAAAUAAGAAAUCAUUUGAUAAUCGACUUAAUUUUAUUUUAAAUUAUCUUUUAUUAAACAACUAUAAUUAUGAAGAGAUUGAAAUUUUAAGAUCUAUUUAUUUAAAUAACAUUAGUAAUGUUGAAGUAAUAAAUAGCUGUCUCCAUCAAUAUUGGUUUUCUUUUCACUUAAAAAAGAAUUUAUUUGAUUUUAGUAGAAAAAAUGAUUUAACUGCUAUUAACUACUUAAAUUGGGUUGUUCAAAAUGAAGGUAUUGAAUCUUAUAGGAAUAAAUUUAAAGAAAUGAAAAAUGAUUAUACUUUUAGAGUCUAUAUUUAUGCAGCUGAAUUAGAAAUGAGAAAUAAUUCUAUUAAUGCUUAUAACAUUCUUAAUGAGGCAUUUGAAAAAUAUCCAAAUGAAAGUUUACUUAAUGAAAUGUUCUUUAAAAUGUUUUAUAAAGCUAAUGAUGAUGAAAAAAUUAGACUUUUAUUUAAAAAAUUAAAUAAAACUGAUAAAAUCUGGAAAAUGAUGAUUAAUUAUGAACUUAGAUUUGGUGAUUUUAAUGAAUAUAAAAAUUUGCUGUCUAAUUACAACCAAAAUAAUAGAGAUUUAUUGAAGAGUUGUUUUUAUGAUGAUGAAAAUAAUAAAAUUGAAAUUGAGGAAAAUUCAUUAAGAAUUAUUAGUAAUAUUAAGAAAAGUUUUGAGUAUUUAGAUUUAAAAUUACCUGUUAGUGAUAUUUUAUCUGAUUUUAUAUCUAAAUUACCUAAUUUACCUGAAAAUGAAAAUAUUUUAAAAGAUGUUGAAGUUAAUAAGAUUAUAGAAUUAAUUAAAAGAAUUGAAUAA